UCGUUCCGUCAGGGUUAGGUUAGCAUACACUGUUCUGUUUAGUUGGCUGCUUUAAUUAGCUGCGUCGAAUGUUCUUAAUUACGUCAUCGUCAACUCGCCGUUUAGUUUAGUCUCUGCUAGUACGGUGCCGAGAAGUAGCGGCGCGCGGCUGGGCUGUGUCCUCCUGUGUACUCCUUUGCGCGUGCGCGCGUGCUAUAUAAGGCGCCCCCGUCGUGGCCUCCUGCAUCCACCGCUAGAAAUCGCAACGCACGCAGCUAGGAAAUCUGCAGCGAGCGAGCGAGCUCAUCUUGAUCGCAUUGCAUCUGCACUGCAAACGAUCGAAUCGAAUCGAAUCGGCCGAGGCAUUUCACGCUGAACACGAUGACGAAGUUUCUUAUUGGGGGCGUGGUUGAAUAAUGCAGCAAAAGAUCGUGAUCAAGGUGAGCAUGCCGUGCGAGAAGAGCCGGUCCAAGGCCAUGGCGCUGGUGGCGAGGGCGUCCGGCGUGAACUCGAUGGAGGUCACCGGCGACGGCAAGGACCGGCUGCAGGUGGUCGGCGACGGCGUCGACCCGGUCUGCCUCGUCGCCUGCCUCCGCAGGAAGAUCGGCUACGCCGAGAUCGUUCAGGUGGAGGAGGUGAAGGACAAGAAGCCGGAGGAGAAGCAGCCGGAGCCACCCAAGCCCGUGCCAUGCUACUACCCAGCUCCUCCCUGCUACUACCCGCCGGCGACGGUGGUCUGCAGCGACGAGCCGAGCCCCUGCUCCAUCAUGUAAAUCAAUCAUAGAGUUCGAUCGAUCGAGUUUUGCAGUAAUUUCUUCAGCAAUUGAUCAGUAGUACAGUACAUCGAUCGAGUGAACGAAAUAUAUCAUUUGCUGUUUCCUCACUUAAUUGGAAAUGAAAACUACAACACUUGGAUAUAUCAUUUGCUGUUUCCUCGCUUGCUGUAUAUCUCAAUGUUCAGUAGCAUAUGAUUAAGUACUCAUGAA